AGUGUGCAGUGCUGAGUGCUCGUGAGUUUGUUGUGCAUCGCAUACUCGUGUACAUAAAGCAAUAUACAAUAACAUCAUUUUGCACGAGGAGCCGCAUAAAUUUUUUAAAGUUGUCGAGCGAUUGCAGAUUUUGAUUGUCAGUGUCUAGAAAAGAAAGUAUCAAACGUAUAUCUUGAGAUGGAGGACUGUUCUAUGGAAGAAAUAAAACAGCUUAUCCGGUCAAUCGCGAUUUCCGGUGCGUCAAACGGGUUGACUGUCAGAGCAUUAGCUAAUGAUUUUAAAAAGAUGGAAGGUUUUGAUCUUCCAUAUGCACGGAUGGGAUUCCGGUCGGUCGAUUCGUUUCUGCAGUCUUUGACGGACACGGUAAAGGUAAACGGAUAUGGGCCUGUAGCUAUGGUUGAACCGAUUGUUACAGAAAGUAACAAACAUAUCCGAGAUCUUGUGCAAGGGGGAAAAAAUAACGUGAAAAGACGACCCAGGCAAAGCCUACCUACCUAUCGACCACCAGGUUAUUUCAAUAAUAGCUAUGAAAGAAACAAUCGAAAUUCAUACCCGAUCAAAAAAUAUGACCAUCAAGAGCAGGAAUCUCGGAAAAUAUACAAUAGAGAGUAUGACUUUUGUGAUACGACAAACGGUGAUGAUGGUUCGGAUAGCUCUGACACUGCGCCAGUAUUUACUAUGACGCAGGAUAAGAAACUCGAACAGGUUGAAAAUGCACCGGAACGUCGCAAAACAUCGACAGAUAAACGACGAUAUAACGAUGCUAUUCCUGAUGUAGAUGGAUUGAAGUUAAUCAAUGCAUUGGAAGUCCCCAAAGAUGCAAUGAAUUUAGGCGACGUAAUCGAAGAAGCAAAACUUCCAGAUACAAUUGUGCCCAAGCACUCGGUGCAAAUCUUCGUAACCGAGGUUCACAAUCCGAACCGCUUUUGGUACCAUAUGGGCGACAGCGCCGAAAAAAUUGACGAGAUGAUGAACGAGAUCGAAGCCUUUUAUUCGCAUCUUGGUCAUUCGGAGUGGCGCGUGCAAGCAACCAAUGUCGUUGUUGGAUUUUACUGUGUUGCCAAGUUCCUUGGACUCUGGCACAGGGCCAAGAUUAUUAGCGAAUAUGUACACAACCGAGUGAAAGUGUUCUACAUUGAUUAUGGUACAGUGGCUGAGCUUGAAUUGAAAGACGUCAAAUUUAUGGCAAAAUGCUUUGCCAAACUUCCGGCACAGGCUAUGCGCGCUUCCUUAGCUUACAUCAAACCGGUGAAUCAUAGGUGGACACGAGAUGCAGCCUGGUCCUUACUUUCACUAGUAUAUGAAAAAAUUCUAUAUGCGUACGUGAUAAACAUCGACAGACAGGCAAAUGUGAUGGAUGUCGUUUUGUUAGACACCUCCGGUGCACAGGAUAUUGUGAUAAAUCAACAAUUGUUCGUGAAAGGACAUGCCAUCUGGGAAGACAACAUGCACUACAAAGACAAAAGCACAGAAGACUUUCUUAAUCGCACAAAAUCGUAUAGCGAGCUGUUUCCACGCUUCGAAGAUAUAGAGAAUGGAAUAUACCCAACGUUGCUGGAAAUCGGAGAAUUUCAAUCGGAAGGCUUCAAUUUUGAUCACCAUUACACGCAAUCUCUGCGUAGUGAAUCCGAGUAUAUGCGGCACAUAAUGUCAAAAACUUUUACAAUUUUUCCAAAUUCAAUUGUUCAUCACAACUCGAAAUGCAAAUCAUCCAUCACGACAUGCCCUGCUAAAAUCUCCGAACAGCAGCAGUUCAUUGAAGAAACGAACGUUGAACAGCAGGAUAUCAUGUUGUCACGUGGGAAAAUGUGCUUCAAUUAUGAAAUACUUAAUGAUACGCUACCCCAGGUCAUCAGUGAUGACAACCAAGCUAGUAUUCCAGUGAUUCGAGUGAAUAAAAAACAGGUCAGGUUUAUGGAACCUGAAAAUCAAAUAAACAGUGACACGCCCGAGGAUAAUGCACCAAAAACAGACGAUCAGUGAUGUAUAACAACUUACAUCUAGCGGUUCAAUGUGACCUUACUAAUUUAGGUUCCACGUUUUUUUUCUGUUCUAAUAGUGAUUUUUUAUUAGCAUUGACAAUGAAAUUGCAUACGUUUUAUGUACAACUGAAAAAACCUCGCUAUAAUUGAUGGUGUUAGUUGUAGAAUUGAUUGAAAGCAAAAUAACAGUCAAUCGGAAUUUAGUGUAAAAUCGUAUAAAUCAUCCCUUCUGUGCAAACCGCG